AAACAAAGAGCUGCUGAACAACCGAGGCUGUGAGGAAGCAGCCACCUGCUGUAGUGUCCUCCCACUGCAGCUAGGGCACAUGGCAGAGGAGGCAGAGCAGCUCGAGAGACAAGUUGACUGGCUGCAAGGCUCUGACACCAGACAGGAUUUCAAAGCCGCAGGUGCGACUGACAAUGGAGCCGAAUGUGACAGGAAACGUGGAGGGAAACUCUGGCGAGUGUCCGCCCAUCGACGACUUCCGUAACCAGGUGUACUCCACGGCCUACUCCCUCAUCACCGUGUUGGGCCUGGGCGGGAACGGCUUCGCCCUGGUGGUGCUGAUCCGGACGUACCGCCAGAGUUCCCCCUUUCACAUCUACAUGCUGAACCUGGCCGUGUCCGACCUGCUUUGCGUGAUGACGCUGCCUCUGAGAGUUCUCUACUACGUCAACAAGGGCCAGUGGAACCACGGCGACUUCCUCUGCCGCGUCAGCUCCUACGCCCUCUACGUCAACCUCUACUGCAGCAUCUACUUCAUGGCCGCCAUGUCCGUCACGCGCUUCUUGGCCAUCGUCUUUCCCGUGCAGAACAUGCGCCUGGCGACGGAGACCCGCGCUCGCCUGGUGUGCGGGUUCAUCUGGGUGUUCAUCUGCCUCAUGUCCUCGCCCUUCCUGGCAUCCGGCCAGAACUUCGACCCUCACACAAACAAGACCAAGUGCUUCGAGCCUCCAAACGGGAAGAAUGUGUCGAAGCUAGUCGUGCUGAACUACUUGUCCGUGGUGGUGGGCUUCGCCCUGCCUUUCCUGGUCAUCCUGCUCUGCUACGCGGGCAUAGUCCGCGUCCUGCUGUCCCGCACCAGCUCCGCCCGGCGGCAGCAGGGGACGAGCACCAGGGCCAUCCGAAUGAUCGUCAUCGUCCUGCUGACCUUCCUGAUCUGCUUCAUGCCGUACCACGUGCAGCGCACCAUCCACCUGAACUUCCUGUCGCGGAAGGACACCACCUGCUCAGAGACGGUGGGCAUGCAGAAGUUUGUCGUGGUGACGCUCUGCCUCGCCGCGUCCAAUUCCUGCUUCGACCCGCUGCUUUACUUUUUCUCCGGGGAGGGUUUCCGCACCCGCUUGUCCUCCCUGCGCAGGUCGAUGAAGAGCAGCACCCUCAAUCGUUUAGCCAGAAUGAAGCCAGCCGCAGUCCGAGAGUCCGGGAGGAGCAACAGCUGAAGCUCCAGUUAGUUUGCGCGUGACCAGCAGGCAUCUCCGGAUUUGUUUGAAGGAAUACUUCAGUACUCACCCCAUUGCCCCAUUUAGUUACUGAAGAAAACAUUUUUCCUUGUAUGCCAUAUAUAAGACAGGUUGAAUGAGACUAAAGUUGAAAAAUAUUUUAAUGAAUAUAUAUACAUAUAUAAUUUAUAAAUGAAACAUUAUACUAGAGGGCACGCCUUUGAGUUUCUUAAAUGUUUGGAUAUGACUUUGCUCUUGUUGAAGUUUCCCUCACACCCAUUUCUCUCAUUCAAUCAAGACAUUUUUGUGUUUCUUUUAUUUUUUGUUCCCUGUGGAAGCACGCCUGAUUUCUUCACAAAUUAAAGGUAACACGGGGUGUGCAAUUAAUGUUCAAUUGAUCAAUCUAGUGUGUGUCGUGUGGUUGGAGAUUAAAGGCAGAAAACAGCUUCCUCAUGAAUACAGUAUUUAAACAUCAAACUAUAGAAUGAAAAGUGUUCAAUACUUGCCUGAUCAUUAUAGAAGUAACCAUUAGCUGAAUGUGUCCCAAAACGUGAAACUACAAAUAUGAAUGUACAGUAUCCAAAUGUAUGUAUUUAUUGUAGACACUUUUGUACUUUUUUUGUUUAGUCCUGUAUCACAAAA